AUGUGGUUAGAGAUCAGGCGCUUCUAUGACUCCAUUCACCAAUUUUCCAAUCUCGACGAUCCUAAGUCGUGUGAAGCGAUAUACAAACUGCUGGAUUACAAUAAAAGUCGGUUACAAAGUUUGCUCGUCAACUCGGUAUGAAAAAUCCCAAAUAAAAAGGAAGAUGGAAAUGUUCUACAGAAAAAAUCAGCCGCCGCAAAGGCGAAAGUCAUUCCCAACACCCAAAUAACGAUUGAUGGCGUCGAACUGACCCUCGACUCGGAUAUUUGUGCAGAGUCUCUGAUUGUCAGCGAAAUCUUCCAGCUGAAUGAACUGGAAUCUUUGGAUUUAGUAUUGGCAGGUGAGAUUUGCAAUUUCAGAACUAAAUUUUUCUUUUUCCAAAGUCUCCUAGAUCUUUUUAAUUAAAAAAAAUCCAGAUUUCUUUACUCUUAAAAAAAAACCCCGUGGAUAAUACCAAGAAAAGGUCUUGACUUUAGGCGAAUCGCAAAAAGUCCACUUCGACGGACUGAACCGAGGUCUCAUCGCAGUUGUCUGCUACUACGACGCCCACAGACUGUUGGCCUCGGCUCUCCGAGAUGUUCUGCAGUGGGAUCGCGAGUACCUGCCCGAAAACCUCGUCCAACUCAUCGAAUCCAACUUCAUCCAGGACUCUGUUCUGACCCACCUUUUGGGUAUCUUUUUCAGUUUUUCAAAAUUUCUUCUCUCCAUAUUUUUCAGGGCUUCACAGCUCGUUCAGCGUCCAGAGCGAGUUCAACCGCCUGAUGCAGCCCAACGUCAACGGCCUUGGUGGCAGCAAACAUCAGAAAUUGGUGUGCCUUCUUUCCCUUGAUAUUUCCAUUCAAAUUAAUUACGGAAAACUGUUUUCAGCUACGCAACGUCAUAGAAGAAAUCCGACAAGCGAUUUCCGAUUGCACGGUUUUAUUGUGCCACAACCCAGGCAGUCAUGCCUUGUCCUUUUCAAACACACUCUUCCAAAUUGUCAAAGUUUUUUCUUUUCUCUCUCAUAGUUUUCCACUGUCUUUAUCUCAGUCCGUACCUGUUUCGGAGAAGCUCAACUCGGUGAACAUGACGGCGUGGAUCGCCCUGGUGAAGUUGACGUCGAGCGAAGUGCUCACGCAAGGUUUUGAUAGUGUAAACAUCAAAUAUGAUCAUUUUUCUCCAGCAUCUGAUACUUGUUCGAUACUGAACAACAUGGUGACCCAAAUCCGCGACGAGACCUCGUGGAGCGACCAGCCCAUGUGUGGAAGCGUCCAGCUGGCCUGCGCCGUUUCACUGCGGGCCCUGGCUGCUUCGCCCGCAGAUCACCUCGGUUAUACUUCAUUUUCUAUGCUGUGACAUCCAUCUAUAGGCAUAGACGUGAUCAAGGUCGAUGUGGAUCGCGUAAUUGACCGAGCCGUCCGCAACAUGGCUUUCCAGUAUAUCCGUUUCGCCGUUAUUGGGUUUUUCGCUUUUUCCCGCUUCAAACAAAACAAUUCCUUGCAGUUCUGAGCAGUUCAAGUUCGUUAAUCAAUUUUGCGUCGUUGAUGAGCUUUUGAAACAACUCGUUUGUUUCUUUCCAGCGAAGGUAUAGUCAGAAGGUUUUUUACCCAGUAGAAUGUCUUUUUUAGUUGAUGGAAGCGGAGAGAAACAGCGCAGACGAACUGGUUUGGCUCGACGAAGGCGUCCAGAAGGCGGAAGAGUCGACGACGGCGCCUCCUUCUCACACGGGCCAGCCACAGACUCUACCACAGCCUCUGCAUCAACAAAUGCCAGAUGUCAGUGAAUUUAUAAUCCUUUCAAUAAUCUGGGUAGUUUCAACGUUGAUGUAAAUAAUAUUAUGUAAGGUGUGAGGUAUGUAGAUACAGCUUCUCGAUAGUUAAAAAAAAUAUUAUGCAUUCAAAAGGUUGAAAGAACACAUACGAUUACGAAGGAACUUCAAUUAUUAAAAAUCCGGCUCAACGAUUGAGAUGCUCGAUUGGGAAACUCUCCUGAAACGUAUCUUUUCCAGCUCUCCUCGGCGACGCUUCACUACGAGAACUUCUUGCGCUGCUUUGUCGAUUUGUACAAGCUGUUCGAGAACGACACGUCGUCUGCGAAGAAGCGGCUGCGUGAACAAAUCACGAAAAGUUCUGUGGAUUUCUGCACAGAGCACUCGGUGACACUGUUUCAUUCUACGCAAAACAAUUAUUUGUCUUGAAGAUCGAACUUUGUCGGCUUCUGGAGCGAGCACGACUUCACCACCACGUCGUACACGCCGUAGCCUACCUCGACUUGGCCGCUGCCGUCUGCUUGAAUCCCCUGACGGCUUCUUUUCUUUACGACACUUUCUCCCGCGAGUUUCCUGGCUCAGGUUCCUUGUUUUUCAUUCGUGAAACUUUUUUUUUCUAGAAUUUUUUGGUUGGGACUCUCUCAUGGCAGCUCUGAGAUCAUAUGAACGUCUCUUCCGGGAUCAAAAUCAGUCUCAUCAGAUUUAUCGGUUUUUUUUUUCAUGGUUUUAUCCACGGAAAUGUUAUUUUUAGAGUGCAAGGCGAGAAAGUGACGAUACCUGGAGACGAGUUAAGCGGAUUACUCGCGUGGCUGAGGCUCGCCACGAAAGUCGCCAGCCUGGUCAGUUAAAAACUGAGCUGAUCAAUCGAGAAACCUCUCUAGGAUGAGGCGGCAGCCUUGAGAAUGGCAGAAGAACGGAGUUGGUGCGUGAUAGACACGGCGUGUCGCGUCGCGAGCGCCCCGGUGCCGCUUCCCUUGAAAGCGCAGCUUCUGAAUUUGCUUGGUUCCUUAGCUUCCAUCAGAAGCGUGGCUCAACGGUAAUUUUCCCUCUCUUUCUGGCCUCAAGUUCUGUUCAGCGUCUGGAACUCGCUGUAUGCUCAUCAACUCUGUUACUUUUCCGAGAGCGGCGCGUUGCUCGGCGUUCAGGUUUUUCAUCAUUUUUUUUUUUGUUUUCUAGUGGUUCAAUUUGAAAAUGAAACUCCUUUUUCACAAUGGAUGUGAAAAAAGUUUAAAUAUUGAACGUUUGAUUUCGGAUCAGGGGAAACGGUGUGCACAACACGACUCUUUUCGCGGGUGAUGCCUCUUAAAAUCUUUCUCAAGAAUCUUUUUGUACUGAAACAUACCUCGCCUUCGUUUCGGCAAAUUUCGGAGGACCUUUUUUACAAAAAGAAACGGGCUGCACAUAUGGUCUGAACGGAUCUGUAUUCAGAAGUGUAAUUAGAAUCUGAUCCAAAAUUGACUAAAAACUUUUAGAAAUUCAUUCAUCAAAUUUUCAACACUUCACCUUUUUUACUUCCCUUUUUAUAAGUCCAUCCAGCAAAAAGUUUAUCAAAAUCGCUUUUUUUUUCUGUUUCAAUAAAAAGAGAUGAGAGUAGAGGGGAUCAGUUAACUGAAGUUUUUCUUGUAAUAAUUUUUGCCCGGCUCUCCAAAAAAAUUUUUUUUUAAAUUUUCGUAAUAUUUUGUAAAAUUGAAGUGAUCAUUCUUUCAAAAAGUUAUGCUUAUAGCAAGAACUGGAAGAAAGAGAAUGCAUCGCCAAGCAUUAUGAAGUUUCGCUGGCGUUUGUGCGUCUCGUCUCUUCUCUUUUGAAGCAUAAGUGAGAAAAUAAUGGUUAUAUUUAUAAUCUUGUUGAUUCCUAGAUAUCUUCCUGACUUUGCCACGGCUUUUGUCCAAUUCGUCACCAAGUCGAUCUUGUCGCAGCUCUCCUCCAGAAGCUACAAUGACGUCAAGCAGAUGGUGGCUUCACGUCUCCAACACACUUUUUCAACUUCUGCUUUCAGUGGAGCUUGGCUGAAGCUUCUGCCACGGCCAUAAAACGUCUUUUGGAGCAUGGAAUCGUCGAACGGCGGUCUGUUCUUGCAAAUGAACUGCACGUCGUCGUUUUGGCCCAUAUUCUCAACGAUACUCCUCUUUUCCGAGCGGUUUCUCUUUUUUCUUUGGUUUUCAGCUUUUAAACCUUGUGUCGUUGAAAAAGCUCGUUUUAAAAAAAAACAUUUCUUCAUAUGCUAUUUUCCAGUUGUGCCGUAUUGUGGUGGAGGAUUGUGACGUCUACAGCGAUCCUUAUUCAGAUGGACGCCGUUAUUCUGCAGAUGCGGCUCUCCUUUCACUUCAAAUCAUAUCCAGUUAGUAAAGAGGAUUUUCUUAGAUCCGCUUCUCCUUGAGCGUAAUGAGAGAAGGAAGUUUUUUUUUCAAGAAGCCGUGACCUUGCAUGGUUCCAUGCGGACAUGUUGUCGUGGAGGCGAAACCGAUCUGAUCGUUUCCUCGAUCCAGUCGCUAACCUUCACCACCCUUCACAGCAACAAGCCAAUCACUCUGAUCGACGUGAUAUUCCACUACCUGCAGCAGGUCUAUUAGCUGCAAAACUAGCUCUUCAAUCGAUUUCCAGGCCGAUGAACUUCCUCUGCACAGUUUGUGCUGUGCCCAAAUCCUCCGAGAAGCAACUCUAGCUCCAGGAUCUCAGCGCUCAUUGCUAGAUUUGCUUCGGGCUCGCAAUUCUCCAGGUGUCCACGUACGCGCCCUUCGAGCCGCCUUGUGUGCUGCUUCAAUUCAAUAUACCCUCGAGGACUCGUUGGUCAAAGGUGCUUUUAUCGAAAAUGUUUGGUGAGAUACUCACUCCGAAAAUCGAUCGCGUUAUGAAUUUUUCAUGAGUAGAAGCAUACUUAACUCUUAUUUUAUCAUUUGAAGAAAUUGAUUUAUUGGCUCUCAUCUUUGUAAAAGCCCCCUCUCAGAUCAUGUCGCUCUGCUGCUCAGUUUUUCAUUUUGAAAAUGAUUGGGCCUGUCCAUUCUAAAACUCUAAAUCUGGAAUAUUUGAAGAAAAAAAAAUUUACUUGAGUAUAAGUUUUCCGUGAUAAUAGGCAGCGACGAUCAUCGGAGGUCUUCAAUAAUUACUCGAGAAAGGUUAUUAACCGUAAUUUAUACACUGCGUUCAAUAAGGAUAGGACCCCCCUCGAUUUCGGACCUUCUGGCAAAAUACGGAAAGAUAUCGAAAAUCUGUAAGUGCCAUUCGAUUCAGAGUACAAAACAACCCCCAGAGCCAAACUUUCAUUAUCCUAGCCCUUUUCCUACGAAAAUGCCAUCGAAAAAACGGUUUUUCGACCGUUCAAUAAGGAUAGGACCCCCUGGAAAUUUUGACUUCCAUUGGUGGUUUUUGGUCAAUUUCUUUUUUCGAUGAGUGGUUUUUUUGUUCUCAUAUUAUUUGUUUUCAAUUUUUCUACGGUUUUGUUUUCAUAUCUUCCAGGUUUAAAACAUAUUUUAUAUCGAAAAUAGGGAAAAAUGACGUUUUUUUAGGUUGCAUCAUAAUAAUCGAGCGAAUGAAUUUUUCCAGUACUUUGAAUGAACUUACCUUAUCAAAAGAGACAUUUUAACAUUUGGAAAAACAAAAAGAAGUUUGAAAAACAUUCGUUUAAAAGUUAGAAAACCAGUUACAAGAUGGUGUAUCGUGACCGAAUUUCAGACUGUCUUCGUUUUCGACCGUUUAUCUUUCCUUAUGUAGUCGGAAUAGCGAUGUACUUUUUUUAAAGGAUUUGUGAAGGUGCUCCCAUCACAAAAAGACACUUAGUUGGAUUGGAUAAAAAUUGGCGAUCCUCGGAAAUCAAAAGAAUAAACACCCUUCCGACUGCUACUCGAACUUUUUGCGGUACUGUAUAAAUAAAUCAUAUAAAAAAAGUUUUAUUUCUAAUCAAAAAUUGUUUUUAUUGCACGUUUUCAGUAAUGCUUUAUUUUGUUGACAAACUAAAAAAACCCGCCAAACGCUCUAUUUGAAACAAUACCUUCGAUAAGCGCGGGUACCAAUUUCUCUCCACAUUUUUCUCGACAUUGUACGUGGUAAAUAUAAUUUUUUUAGAUUAUCUUGUUGAUGAAAUAUGUUGAUAGUACCUUCACAAAUCCUUUAAAAAAAGUACAUCGCCAUUCCGACUACAUACAGAAAGAGAAACGGUCGAAAACGACGACAGCCUGAAAUUUGGUUACGAUACACCAUCUUGUAACCGGUUUUCUAACUUUAAAAAAAAUGUUUUUCGAACUUCUUUUUGUUUUUCCAAAUGUUAAAAUGUCUCUUUUGACAAGAUAAGUUCAUUCAAAGUACUGAAAAAAUUCAUUCGCUCGAAUAUUAUGAUGCAACCUAAAAAAACGUCAUUUUUCCCUAUUUUCGAUAUAAAAUAUGUUUUAAACCUGGAAGAUAUGAAAACAAAACCGUAGAAAAAUUGAAAAUAUGAGGACAAAAAAACCACUCAUCGAAAAAAGAAAUUGACCAAAAACCACCAAUGGAAGUCAAAAUUUUCAGGUAGUCCUAUCCUUAUUGAACGGUCGAAAAAACGUUUUUUCGAUGGCAUUUUCGUAGGAAAAGUGCUAUGAUAAUGAAAGUUUGGCUCUGGGGGUUGUUUUGUACUCUGAAUCGAAUGGCAUUUACAGAUUUUUGAUAUCUUUCCGUAUUUUGCCAGAAGGUCCGAAAUCGAGGGGGGUCCUAUCCUUAUUGAACGCAGUGUAUUACAAUAGGAGCUCAAACGAAGAAUAUUUUCUAAAUCUUCGAAAUCCCUCAGAGUGAACGCAAGUGUCAUCCUCUACCGUACUCAGCAUUAAUAUUUUUGUAAUAAGUGUAACCGUGAUUUCAGAUUUGAACGGAGAAAAUAUCCUGAAUGCCCGUGGUGAAACCGCCAGAAUUCUUUUAGAGACGCUUUCUGGUAAGAUACUGAAAGAAAGACUAGUUAUCAAAGAGCUUUUUGAGAUGCUGUGGAUGCUGAACCCAAGACGCAGAACCUCUGUUACUACUUGCUCGCGUUGCGUGUCUCCAAAGCGAAAGAGAAGCAACUGUAUUCGAAUGGUAACGUCAUUGUGAGCGAAAACUCUCCAAUUACACUUUUCAGAUGAAACCGUCACAGGACUGCACCACGUUCUGUACAUUAUUGAGCAGUUCGUGGCCGCGAAAGAUCCCCUGUCACUGCCUUUUUCUGCUCUGUUGGAACCUUGUUUCAGACUUAUGGUUUGUUCCCUCAUCACUCAAAAUGAAAUAACAUUUGUUUCCAGCAAAGAUUGGUCUCUGUUUCGUGUCCAUAUGCGAUGCCUGCCCUUUGUUUGAUGCGCUCAUCAGAUUUGGUGGAAAGGCUCAUAACGUCGCCUUUCAUGAGAAAUUUCUUCUCAGCGGUGAAAAUCAACCAAUUUUCUCGUUUCCUCAAGCUUGAGUUUUAGGAUUCCAUUUUUGACAACGCCUAUUCGGACAGCGCUUUCGCCGUUCGUCGUAUGAUCAUCGGUUAUAUUCUCCACUUCACUGCGCUUGAAUCUUCUUCUCUAUCGUCCCAAGGUGGAGCAGCUUCUCACUCGAAUUUAUAAACGUCUAAAUAGGCCAUUAUUCAAAGCCGGAAGUUUUCUUUCGAUGUUUGCUUGAGCCUCAGUCUUCUGGAGCUCUAGAAGGAGAAGGAGACUCGAAUAUUCUGUUCAGGUUCGUUUCAAUGACUUCUUUCUAGAAUUUUUUGUUUAGUCUUCUUCGCCAUGGCUGUGUCUCAGGCGAGGCAGAGAUCCUCUACCCUCCACUGAUGCAUUUCGACGUUCAAAAACUUCAAGCAGUACCAUAUUCUUCGAAAUAAAAACAAGUUAUAUGGCAAAUUGAAGCUAUUCGAAGCCUGCCUGACUGUGACCGUCUACGGAGUUUCUCAAUACGACAUUCAUUUCCUCCAUCGCUUGUUGAGACGGGAGAUCGAAGCUGUACACAGUGACUGUGAGGAUGCACGACAUCUUCAGCAGGUACUCAAAACUUCCCUCCAGAAGCUCUAUGCGAAAUAAUUGAGGAAAUGGAAUCGAUUCUGGAGUAUUGUGCCAAGCUGAAUGCCAAUCUGCUAACCAGCGGCGCCACAGAAAGGAUCAUUUCCGGCUGCACGGCCCUGCUCAACGUCUUCUCCGUCUUCGCUCCGUUCCCAUUUUUCACAGCAGACACACAACUUCAAAUUCUGCGAGACUCGUGCUACGUUUUCAUCGAAGUGGCUGACGGCUUGGGUGGCGUUUCUCUGUCAGCUGUUUGCGAGGCUCUGGAAAGGCUGACAGGAACCGUUUGUCGUAUCUCGAAGGCGCAAAACAUGAAGGUGA